AUGGCGCAGCUAUUAUCUUGCGCCAAUAACAUAGAAGAUGAUGUGAAGGUGUUUCGAGAGGCCUUGCAGCUGUGUCCUCCUGACCAUUUUCGUCAAUCCGUGUGUCUGUAUAAUCUUGCCACCAGCCUUCAUAACAAAUUCAGGCAACGGGGUGUCUUGUCUGACCUUGAUGAGGCCAUUGAGCUCCAUCGAGCCGCACUGCUCCUCCGUCCCCCUGGUCAUUCUGGUGGAUCCAUGUCUCUCAACAAUCUUGCUGCCAGCCUUCAAUACAGAUUUGAGCAGCGGGGUGUCCUGUCUAACCUUGAUGAGGCCAUUGAGCUCCAUUGA